AUGGAUGAUGUUACCUUCUCUCUUAUUGGCCAAACGAAAAGCCUCAGUGACAUCUAUCUAGACAACUUAUUGGUAUAUUUUGGAUCUGGAGAUGUUCCUGCGUCUACUGUUGCUGUGGCUGUGGGACCUUUUGUUGCCGUGGCUGUGUGUUACUGUGUUACUGAGGAUGUGGGUGCUAUUGUUGUGGUGGCUGUGGGUGCUACUGUUGUGGUUCCUGAGGGUGCUAUUGUUGUGGUUCCUGUGGGUGCUACUGUUGUGGUUCCUGAGAGUGCUACUGUUGUGGUUCCUGAGGGUGCUACUGUUGUGGUUCCUGAGGGUGCUACUGUUGUGGUUCCUGAGGGUGCUAUUGUUGUGGUUCCUGUGGGUGCUACUGUUGUGGUUCCUGAGAGUGCUACUGUUGUGGUUCCUGAGGGUGCUACUGUUGUGGUUCCUGAGAGUGCUACUGUUGUGGUUCCUGAGGGUGCUACUGUUGUGGUUCCUGAGAGUGUUACUGUUGUGGUUCCUGAGGGUGCUACUGUUGUGGUUCCUGAGGGUGCUACUGUUGUGGUUCCUGAGGGUGCUAUUGUUGUGGUUCCUGUGGGUGCUACUGUUGUGGUUCCUGAGAGUGCUACUGUUGUGGUUCCUGAGGGUGCUACUGUUGUGGUUCCUGAGGGUGCUACUGUUGUGGUUCCUGUGGGUGCUACUGUUGUGGUUCCUGAGAGUGCUACUGUUGUGGUUCCUGAGGGUGCUACUGUUGUGGUUCCUGAGGGUGCUACUGUUGUGGUUCCUGAGAGUGCUACUGUUGUGGUUCCUGAGGGUGCUACUGUUGUGGUUCCUGAGGGUGCUACUGUUGUGGUUCCUGAGGGUGCUACUGUUGUGGUUCCUGUGGGUGCUACUGUUGUGGUUCCUGAGGGUGCUACUGUUGUGGUUCCUGUGGGUGCUACUGUUGUGGUUCCUGAGAGUGCUACUGUUGUGGUUCCUGAGGGUGCUACUGUUGUGGUUCCUGAGAGUGCUACUGUUGUGGUUCCUGAGAGUGCUACUGUUGUGGUUCCUGAGAGUGCUACUGUUGUGGUUCCUGAGGGUGCUACUGUUGUGGUUCCUGAGAGUGCUACUGUUGUGGUUCCUGAGAGUGCUACUGUUGUGGUUCCUGUGGGUGCUACUGUUGUGGUUCCUGAGGGUGCUACUGUUGUGGUUCCUGAGAGUGCUACUGUUGUGGUUCCUGAGGGUGCUACUGUUGUGGUUCCUGAGGGUGCUACUGUUGUGGUUCCUGUGGGUGCUACUGUUGUGGUUCCUGAGAGUGCUACUGUUGUGGUUCCUGAGAGUGCUACUGUUGUGGUUCCUGAGAGUGCUACUGUUGUGGUUCCUGAGGGUGCUACUGUUGUGGUUCCUGAGAGUGCUACUGUUGUGGUUCCUGUGGGUGCUACUGUUGUGGUUCCUGAGAGUGCUACUGUUGUGGUUCCUGAGAGUGCUACUGUUGUGGUUCCUGAGAGUGCUACUGUUGUGGUUCCUGAGGGUGCUACUGUUGUGGUUCCUGUGGGUGCUACUGUUGUGGUUCCUGAGAGUGCUACUGUUGUGGUUCCUGAGGGUGCUACUGUUGUGGUUCCUGAGGGUGCUACUGUUGUGGUUCCUGAGGGUGCUACUGUUGUGGUUCCUGUGGGUGCUACUGUUGUGGUUCCUGAGAGUGCUACUGUUGUGGUUCCUGAGAGUGCUACUGUUGUGGUUCCUGAGAGUGCUACUGUUGUGGUUCCUGAGGGUGCUACUGUUGUGGUUCCUGAGGGUGCUACUGUUGUGGUUCCUGAGGGUGCUACUGUUGUGGUUCCUGUGGGUGCUACUGUUGUGGUUCCUGAGGGUGCUACUGUUGUGGUUCCUGUGGGUGUUACUGUUGUGGUUCCUGAGGGUGCUACUGUUGUGGUUCCUGAGGGUGCUACUGUUGUGGUUCCUGUGGGUGCUACUGUUGUGGUUCCUGAGGGUGCUACUGUUGUGGUUCCUGAGGGUGCUACUGUUGUGGUUCCUGUGGGUGCUACUGUUGUGGUUCCUGAGGGUGCUACUGUUGUGGUUCCUGACGGUGCUAUUGUUGUGGUUCCUGAGGGUGCUACUGUUGUGGUUCCUGUAGGGGCUACUGUUUCAGUGGCUGUGGGUGGCUACUGUUGUGGUUCCUAA